UAUUUCACCAUCUGUUCAUGUUCACGUUCACGUUCGCGGGAGCUCUAAACCAGCCUUUACUCUCAAUUUGUCAUCGCUGAUUGAACACAAUUCAAGAAAUCCAAAUUGUACACAAACAAAUUUGUUUUGUUUGCUCCAGAAACAUAGGCAGUUUUAGCUUUUAUGUGUAGUAAAUGGUCAAUUUUGAGUUUUGAUUUCAUUCGAAUGAAUAAAACUAGAGAAGUGAAAUGACACUCGUUAGCAACAACCUUGAUCAAUGCAGCUUUUGCUACAAUAUAUGCAAUGAGAAAUUCCAUCAUGUGCUAGUCCCCUCCAAUCAAGAGCAGAAGCUAAAAACUAUCCUGCAGAAGUUGAAAAGUCCAACUUCACAGUUGAGCAGUUAUCCUACAUGCGACAAAUGCCGUCAAGAAUUGAUAACCGUCCACAACAUUCCCGAGAGCUACUUCCAAAUUUUGUCCAUAGCCAAACCGACUGACAUCAAGAUGGAUCCAGAAUUGAUAAUUGAUGAUAACGAGCAGGCGGGUAAUGGACACAUUUUUGAGAAAGACUCAAUAGUGAAUUUUGGGCCGGCCGGACAUAAUGACGGAAUGCAAAUCGAAAUAGAAAACGGAGAAGUAUUCUUCAUCAGCGAAAUGGGCGAAGAUGACCAUACGUCAUCAAUUCCAAAUGUUGGAACACAUACGCAAAGAACAGUUGAAUUGAAUGCUUCGCAGAAGGGAGUUCACUCACAUUCAGUAGGUCAUAAAAGUGAGAAUGACUCCGUGGAAGAAGGAGGGAAACCGUUUAAAUGUGAAAAGUGUGAAAAAACAUUUGGUUCAAAUGACAGAUUGAAGGUGCACGUUCGAAUUCAUACGGGCGAACGUCCCUAUACUUGUCCACACUGUCCGAGCACUUUUAGGGACUCUGGAACGCUCCGAACGCAUAUUCUAAUUCAUUCGGGCGAACGUCCCUAUACUUGUCCACAUUGCUCGAAAGCGUUUAAGACUUAUAAAUCGCUCCAAGUCCACAUUCGAACUCAUACGGGUGAACGACCCUUUUCUUGUCCACAUUGUCCGAAAUCGUUUACAACACGUACAGUUCUCCAAGGUCACAUUCUAACUCAUACGGGCGAACGCCCCUAUCCUUGUCCACAUUGUCCGAACGCAUUUAGGCAUCCUUCAGCGCUACAAUCGCACAUUCGAUCUCAUUUGGGUGAACGUCCCUAUUCGUGUCCACAAUGUGCGAAGGCAUUUACAAAUUCUACAGCGCUCCGAAGCCACAUUCGAAUUCAUACGGGUGAACGUCCCUAUUCUUGCCCACAUUGUGCGAAGACAUUUACCAAUUCUUCAGCGCUCCGAAGCCACAAUCGAAUUCAUAAGGACGACCGUCCCUAUUCAUGUCCGCAUUGUCCGAAAGCGUUUAAGGCACAUUCGACGCUCCGAGAGCACAUUCGAAUUCAUACGGGUGAACGUCCCUAUUCUUGUUCAUAUUGUCCGAAGGCGUUUACAAGUCCUGCAGUGCUCAAAGAGCACAUUCGAAUUCAUACGGGCGAACGUCCACAUUCUUGUCCACAUUGUUCGAAACCGUUUAGGCAUGCUUCAGGGCUCAGAGAACACGUUCGAAAGCAUACGAGAGCACGUUCCUAAGCCUUUCCACAUUGUUCCAAAACGUUUACGUUUGCGAGUACUGUAAGCGAGUUUUUGCCCAGUCCUUCAGCCUUACAAUGCACCUCCUUCGUCAGCACAGCAAGAUCAAGUCGUAUCGUAACUUGCCGUGCCGUGUCAGUAAGAACGAUCAGUUCGAUGAGGACACAGGAAUCACAGUUGACCAUGAAGGAAGACAUAACUGAUUGCUGAUGAAUCUCUUCGUCACUGAAAAUAAUUUUGGCAAAUUGUCAUUGGGUUAGCUCAUAAGACGAUGAUUGUGCAGAAUUUUUCAGAAAUAUUACGUAUUACGUAUUACUAAUACUUUGUGUAUUCUUACUUCUGCAUACAAAAUAGAUAUAUAUGCUAGACUAUCGGAUUGCAUAUUCCUUUAUUUUUCGGGUUCCACGCGGCGUUACAGUAUUCUAGAAUUGGCUUUACAUAUGUAAAAUAUAAUACCUUCAUUGUGGAUGGUUCCUGGAAGUUAGUUCAAGCUUAACACAAUAUUUGCUUUAUUACAGAGUUGUAGCGUUCUAUGAAUGUGAGUUCACAGCUCUAACUAUUUUACAUUUUUCUACAUUUUGGUUUCCAAAACAAAUGGAGGCGAAUUUUCAUGCAUCAAGUGAAGUGCAUCCAAAGCAUCAGCAACAAGGAAGGAACGAGUAAGCAGCAGCUCUCUGGCAACGCCAGAUCGGUGGCCUGUUGUUUUUAUUGCCUCCAUCACAACAGAGAAGUACAAUACAUACGAUUUUUCCGUCACGCUAUUGUGUUCAUUUCGUAGCGUGCGGCGUUGUGUAACUCUUCGAAUAGGAGUGUUCAAGGUUGUUCGGACACUUUAGAUUAGUUUUUUUUAAGAAAAUUUUUGUUUUGAGCUAUCUU